AUGGCAGGCGGGUCACUCUUCCAGGUCGGCGAAGAUGUCGAAUUCUGGAGAGUAUUGAUCCACUUGAGUAUCCUGGCGUUCUGCCUCGUGCUCUUUGAAAGGGCACUACAUAAACUGGAGCACAAGUUCCCUCCUUCGGAGAAAUACCAGCACAUGCUCAAGAAGGCGUAUCGAGAGCUCAUGGUCCUCGGUUUGAUCAGUCUCGGACUCAAGAUCCUCAAAGAAAUCCCCGACAUCGACAGCUACGGCAAGACCAUGUUGGCCUUCCAAGUGGCCGAUUUGACCAUCUUCCUUCUAGCGCUGGCCCUCAUUGUACAGUCCACCGGUGUGUUUCUACUACUGCGCAACCAGAACGACCGAGCUGAACGUGCUGAGCUCAUCACGACGCAAGACCUGAUCAACUCGGUCAACGGGUCCAACGGCGCCGACAAAGCGAUGCCCACUUUCUUUCAGACGCUGUUCUGCUGCGGCAGAUCAGCCAAGAAGAGAGCUAACAACAGAGAACUCGUCGAGUUGAGACUACUGCGGCGUCUGUUCCUUCACCGCUUCGGACUACCGCAGCUCUUCCCGUACUCCAAGUACCUCAGUCGAGCUCAAGCUCACCAGAUCGCGCAUAUGAUUGAAGUGGAGCCGGCGAUGUGGAUCGUGCUGCUCAUCGUGGCGUGGGCAAUUUGUGGCCUGCUGGAGAUACUCAAGACCCUCGAUACCGACAUGCCAGAGAGCCACGAGCUCGUCGAAUCUUUCAUGAUGUUCGCGUGGGUGUUGCUACUACUCCACGUCAUGGUGUGCUUGUACUUCCGCUCCUGUAUACAUCACCUCCUUCACUCGGCAGCGUUCAGUAAUGACAAGGCCACACUUGCUGCCAACUUGAGCGUUAUCGCCGAAGAAGAAGCCGAAGCGUGGAAGAAUGAGGAAGCAGACAAGGCACUAGAGAUCAUGGGGUGCAUCCAAGAGCAUCACGAGGAGCUGGAACUCCAACAGGAAGGCGUCGUGCCCGGGUCUCCUACUAUCGAGAUCCGCUUCUUCUCACACAAAGGAUGGCACAUUGGCGUCAUGUUGCUGCUCAUCCUCAAUGGGUUCCUCAUCACCCUCUUUGUACAGUGCGCAUUCUACGACAUGGACGACAUCUACGAAGACUUUGGUACACUCCCGACGGUUAUGGUACCGCUCCCGCUGGUGCUUAACGCCGUGAUUCUACAGCGUCACAUCUUCUACGACUUUGUCGUCGUCAGUAACACACUGCGUAUCGAUUCGCAUACACUUAGUGACGUCGUGGAGAACUUCAGUGAGGUCGUUCACAUACGAUCCGAGUUCGCUACCACUCUACUGAACCACAUUGACCAGCAAGAACUUACCAUCGUGGAUCUCCAGGCCGAACUGAAGGCCCGAGACCGAACCAGCUCUGGGUUCAUCGAUGUUGACGAUCUUCGUGAGGUUCUUUCGAAGUUCGGCUUCCGAUUGACGCGCUAUCGUUUCAAUAGUGUCGUGAAGCUGUUGUUCGAGCUCGAAGGUACCACCGUCGCCUACUCACACGUAGUGCGUCUGGUGCUCAUGGCUCAGAACGAAAACCUCUUCGAAACGAUGUCGGUUCGUCACCAACAGCCACACCCGUUGUUGCGACCAAGUGUCAUGAUGUAUGACGAUCUGGGCCAGUCAAGUAUGCGGUCCCAGUCCAACUACAACAUCUUCAACUCGACGCGACAAGUUCCCGUGAUGGCACCGCCUAACAUGGACGAACCCACCGCAUCCGAUUUUGUGACUAUCGCCGUGAGCAGCAAUAUCCUCCCGCAAAUCUCGAACCGUGGUAAAGGAAUGAGCAUGGAGCGUCCCAGUGUCAGCUCGCAGGCCUUGCACGACAUGUUCAACCUGCACCGCUUGUCGGAAUCCCGCGUUCAGCCAAGUGUCAUGCACCUCUAA